UUGCAGAGAUCAAGUGGUCUGGAUAGAACAGGACAGACAUGGGGCAACCUCCCAGGAUUGGACAGUAAGAGUGAACAGGCCAGCGUCUCUGCAUUCUUUCGAGAUGCCUUUGACUCCAGAGCAGCCCUUGGGGUACACGGAAGAUCUCCCCAUGUCCGAGGCAGCCUUGUGGCCCCCGCUCCCCUGCGGGCCCUGCAUCCCCAUCAUGCUGGCCCUGGCCUCCCUGGCCGCCUUCUUCAUCGUGACCACGGCUGUGCUGGCCGAACGUCUGUUCCGCCGCUCGCUGCGCCCCGAUCCCCACCAGCGCGCGCCCACCCUGGUGUGGCGCCCCGGAGGAGAGCUGUGGAUCGAACCCACGAGCACCGCCCGAGAGCGCUCGGAGGACUGGUACGGCUCUGCGGUGCCCCUGCUGAUGGACAGGGGUCUGGAGCCUCCUGCCCCCGGGGCCUCCAUGGAGGCCCGAGCUACUGCCCACCCUCCUCCUUCAGCCCCACACCCUGCUCCCGGCAAUUUGGGAGGGCCAGUCUGCAGAGGCACCUUCGGGGAACCCCAGCUCUGGGAGGAGACCCCCACCACCACGGGCCUGGUGAGCUGGAUCGGGCCUGAAUUGAGACCAGAGGCCAGUGGGACGCACGAGCCCCCCCAGGCCUGGAGGCAAAGGCCGGGCAGCCCCGAGCCUGAUUGGAGUCUGCAGCCUCGGGUCACCCUGGAGCAGAUCUCGCAGUUCUGGAAGCGAGAAGGCCGGACCAGCGUGGGGUUCUGAACCCAGGGUCUCCAGGACUGGCUGCCCAGAGAUUUCUUUCUAGAGAGGGCUUCACUGCACAGAAACUUCUAGGCUGCAGCCUUCAAGUGGAUCUGGAGGUUUGAUGCACCUGCCAGGCCUCUUAGGCCUGGAUUGCCAUUCUGCUGGCCCUGCACGGUGAGCAACCUUGAGUGUGCAUCAGCCUGGACUCCAAGAAACCGCCCAGCAGAGCCUCGGUUCAGUUACUCAGGCUGCGGCUCACAGGGCCAGAGACAAAGCAGACUCCAUGCCAGAAAUCACAGCAGAAUGCCCAAGUGAGAAAAUGUAUCCAGACCGGCAGGAAAGCACAUCUAAUCCACCAUCUUCUACCUUCCAUCCACAGGUAGCUAAGUUGCCCUUAUCACAGUGAAAGCAUCCCUGGGAUGUUGCCCAGAUUAUCUGGUGGGGACAGGUGUCAGCAGUGUUGGCAGGAGAUGGCAGGAAUCCAGCUUUCCAGAGCUGCAGUUCUUGUCUCUCCCUAGCUGUUCAUCCUGCCACUCACCAGGGCCACUGAGAGGUUGGUUCUCCAGGAAAAUACACACAAAGGGCAAGAGUAGGCAGAGGAGCCUCUGUGCCUCUCUGUGCAUGCAUGCACGCGCAAGCACGUACCAGGGCUUAAACUUUGGGCCUCAUGCUCUUGUUUGGCUAGUUUGC